AUGUUGAGCCGUUGGGGUAUAUUAGAUCGUCGAUGGAUAUCAGCGAUACGACAAUUGGCCGGAAAUGGGUGCUCUCUGAAGCCAGUACAAGCGCUAUGGAGCGGAUGGAGUAGACCUAUUUAUACGAGUCCACUGAGCUUGCAAGAUCAACCGCUUCGGGGUCGAGGUCGAAGAACUGAAACGGAUGAAAGCAGAAGAGCAAACACCAGCACGAAUACUACAACAGAAAGUAAACCUGUAUGGGCAUCAUACAGACGAAAUCAUAAAGGCAUGAUUCCACCUCAGAGAAGAGGUAAGGUAGCAUCCAAUCCAUGUCCGAUAUGCCGACAAAAAUCUGGAACCUUGGAUUACACAAAUGUAAACUUUCUGAAGCAAUUCAUUUCACCUUUUACUGGCAAGAUAUAUGAACCAUUCGUAACAGGUUUACUACCUACUCCAAUCCCAUUGAAUUUACCUAUACCCGAACAACCUAUGUCACGGAAUGAUUCGCUAUGA